CCCUUCGGGCGGGGCCGCGCCUGCUGGCUCUGGGGCGCUGGGCGGCGCUGCCCGGGCUCCGCGCUGCUCGGCCCGCAGCUCCGUGUUGGUGGGCGACCGGUAUGACAGCGGCGGGGGCGGCGGCGGCGCGGGGCUGAGCGCGCGGCGUGGAGCCAGGGAAAGAGGAGGAAGUGGAGCGCGGCCCGCAGCUGCGAGUCAGCCGCCGCGCCGAGGUCCGCCCCAUUUUGCCGAGCGAGCCGAGUCCGGAACCGGGAAGACUUCCCCGCCGGGCUCCGGCCCCCGCAGCUCCUCGCCGGCGUCCCGACCAGCCCCGCCGGCCCUGGCCCCGGCAUCCGCCACGGGACGCUUCCAGCCCCACGGUCCGGGGCGUCGUGGCCGGGACUCCCGAGCGCACGACCCUGAUUGAGUGCACCUGGGCGGGACUCCCGCUCCUGGCCCACCAUACGGGGCCACGGUUGCGGGCUCGUUCCCAGCCUUUUGCAGCGGGUGUCUGAGCCCUCCGCCCGGGGAUAACGCACGCUGUCCCCAGGACCCCGACCGAGUGCACGGGAGCCCGGACACCCUCAGCCUCUUUCCCCGAGACCUGGACCUUCAGCUGCUCCGACCCGGUGCUUCGGACUUCCCGGCGGCGAGCGCCCAGGAAGCCCCUGCCAGGGUCCAGCGCCCCCUGAAGGGUCCCAGGCGGGUUGGACAGUCGGACUGAACCGGACCCGGGUGGUCCUGCGAGCCGAAGCUGCCACGUUCCUGCCGACCUAGGCGAGGGGCUUGGUGCUUUCCCCGAGAAGACACAGGGUCCCCCCCCUCCCCCGCCCCGGCGGCCGGCGGGAGCCAAGAGCUGCAGCUCUCCCAGUGAAGUGACAUCACCGCCUUCCUGACAGGACACCCCUGGGAGCCCAGCUCACAGCCACUGGUACCUUCUUCCAGAACCAGCCUGAGGCCCCCAUGGGCUCCUGAGGGCCGGGCACCAGGGCCUCGGGCACGAGCAUGGUAAGACACCAGCCCCUGCAGUACUACGAGCCCCAGCUGUGCCUCUCCUGCCUCACGGGCAUCUACGGCUGCCGCUGGAAACGCUACCAGCGCUCCCAUGAUGACACCACACCGUGGGAACGCCUCUGGUUCCUGCUCCUCACGGUCACCUUCGGCCUCACACUCACCUGGCUCUACUUCUGGUGGGAAGUCCACAAUGACUACAAUGAAUUCAACUGGUACCUCUACAACCGCAUGGGCUACUGGAGUGACUGGUCCGUGCCCAUCCUCAUGACCGCAGCCACCGCCUUCAUCUACAUCGCGGGCCUCCUGGUCCUGGCGCUGUGUCACAUCGCCGUGGGGCAGCAGAUGAACCUGCACUGGCUGCACAAGACACACUGGGGCCCUUGGCCUGCCCAGCCACACCUGCUCUUCCCCUUCCAGAUGGGGCUGGUGGUCAUCCUGGUGUCCACGGUGGUGGCCAUGUCGGCCAUGGCCCAGCUGUGGGAGGACGAGUGGGAGGUGCUGCUCAUCUCCCUGCAGGGCACAGCUCCGUUCCUGCACAUGGGGGCCCUGGCUGCCAUCACCGCGCUCUCCUGGAUCGUGGCAGGACAGUUCGCCCGGGCAGAGCGGUCCUCCUCCCAGAUGGCCAUCCUCUGCACCUUCUCCGCCGUGGUGUUUGCCCUCUACCUGGCCCCUCUCACCAUCUCCUCUCCCUGCAUCAUGGAGAAAAAGGACCUGGGCCCCAAGCCCGCCCUCAUUGGCCACCGCGGGGUCCCCAUGCUGGCCCCAGAGCACACGCUGAUGUCCUUCCGGAAGGCCCUAGAGCAUAAGCUGUACGGAUUGCAAGCCGAUGUCACCAUCAGCCUGGACGGCGUGCCCUUCCUCAUGCAUGACACCACGCUGCGGCGCACCACCAACGUGGAGGAGGCGUUCCCCGAGCUGGCCCGCAGGCCCGCCUCCAUGCUCAACUGGACUGUCCUGCAGAGGCUCAACGCCGGCCAGUGGUUCCUGAAGACGGAUCCCUUCUGGACGGCCAGCUCCCUGUCCCCCUCCGACCACAGGGAGGCCCAGAACCAGUCCAUCUGCAGCCUCGCUGAGCUCCUGGCGUUGGCCAAGGGCAAUGCCACGCUGCUGCUCAACCUGCGCGACCCUCCCCGGGACCAUCCCUACCGAGCCAGCUUCCUCAACAUCACCCUGGAGGCCUUGCUGCGCUCCGGCUUCCCCCAGCACCAGGUCAUGUGGCUGCCUAACAGGCAGAGGCCCUUUGUACGGAAGGUGGCUCCUGGCUUCCAGCAGACGUCAGGCUCCAAGGAGGAAGCUACCAGCCUCCAUAGAGGCCACAUCCAGUGGCUGAACCUGCGCUACACUCAGGUGUCCCGCCAGGAGCUCAGGGACUAUGCAUCCUGGAACCUGAGUGUGAACCUCUACACGGUCAACACGCCGUGGCUCUUCUCCCUGCUGUGGUGCAUGGGGGUCCCCUCCGUCACCUCCGACAACUCCCACACUCUGUCCCAGGUGCCUUCCCCGCUCUGGAUCAUGCCCCCGGACGAGUACUGCCUCAUGUGGGUCACCGCGGACCUGAUCUCCUUCACCCUCAUCGUGGGCAUCUUCGUGCUCCAGAACUAUCACUUGAUCAGGUGGCGCCUGGGUGGCAUCCGGAGCUACAACCCCGAGCAGAUCAUGCUGAAUGCUGCCGUGCACCGGACCAGCCGGGACGUCAGCAUCAUGAAGGAGAAGCUCAUCUUCUCAGGUGAGAUCAGCGAUGGCAUGGAGGUCUCCGAUGAGCUCUCUGUAUGUUCAGACAACAGCUACGACACAUAUGCCAACAGCGCCAGCACCCCAGUGGACCCCCGAGGGACUGGCGGCCAUACCAAGACCCUCGCAGACCGGAGUGGGCGUUAGCUGAAGCCCCGUCUUCCCAGGCUGAGCCUAAUGGAGAGACCCGGGAACCCAGAACAGCAGGCAGAAGCUUGUCUGGCCUGGGAGUGCUUUGGGAGCUGGGGCCAUGGCCUCCUCGUUGGCUCCAGCCCCUGUCCGCCAUGACCUCUCUUAGGGGGUAGGGGCUCCUCUCCCCGCUCAGGCCCAACCGGGCCAGCACUCCAGCCUCCCAGAUGCCCCUGCAGGCCUGGGGAUCCUUCCUCUGGGAAGUGUGGGGCCUGGUCCUCCCCUGAAACCCUCCCUGGAAUCCUGGAUACUUUGAUGGGCCACUGGGCCGUGCCCUUUCCCCUUUCCCCUGUGGCAAUGGAGGAUGUGGAUGCUCACGGGGGACCACCCUCCUGUCUGGGCUGUGAAGCAGCCGAUGUCUCUGUUUCUCCUGCCCAAGGACCUGGGGCCAGGCCUCUGCCCCCAGCAGCUCUGCUCUUCACCUCAGUCUCACAGCACAAGGAGGCUCGCCUCAGGAGGAAAGCCUGCAAUCGUGGGGAUUCUCCUCCGACCAGCCCGCCGCCACCGGCCCUGCCCCAGGAGGGGGCCCCAGCCACGUCCUUGGGAGCAGCUGGAAGUGGCCAGAAGAGCAGGCUCAGGGCUGCUCGGUCCCUGCCCAAGUGUCCAACAGCCUCCGGGGCAGAAUGACCUGCAGGCUCAGGAGAGCAAGGCUGGCACAGUGACCACAGGGCAGGGCCCCCUGGGAAGAGCGUUCUCUGGGCGUGGUCAGGGGGCGGGCAUGUGGCCAAGAAGGCCUAUAGAGGAAGGAGCUGGAGGGACUUGGCCAAGUGGUUAAAGCUGACACAUCAUUUCUGAACUGUCACUGGAAGGAUGGGGACGAGCUUGCCGAGUUUGGGAUUCCGUCUUGGCCCCAUGACAUGAGGAGGAGCCGUUCUCAGAAACGGGAGAGUGGCAGGCUGGCAGGUUCCUUAACAGCCCAGGGCUGGGGGCCGAUCUUGGAGAGAGAAAGUGACCGUCCAAGGCCACACAGAACAAGUGGCACGAGAAUCCCAUCCAUGCCUUCUGUAACCAGCCAGGAACAGCACGGAAGAUGGGGAGGGCUCCUGGGUCUGAUGUCAGGGUGGGCAAAGGGCCUAGGAGGUCCCCGCAUGGCCCCAUGGAGGUGUUCUGAGCUCCCUGACCUGUGGAGACAGACCUUCAGCCAGCAGAUGCCUCUCCACCAUGGCAGAAGAUUGGCUUGGACUUCUCAAGGAUUUGGACCUGACCAAAGCCAGCCCACCCCAUUCCUGGCACAUUGGGAUGCCUGGGUUGAAGCCCAGUAUAGUCCACAGAUGUCCCUUUCUGUCAUUCAGUCCUUGGACCUCUGCCCUCCGUGAAGGAGUCUGCAGCGGCCUCGAGGCAGGUCUGUAACCCCCAUCUUUGUCCUAAGAGUUUGUGUGAUCUUGGGUGUGUCCUAAGGGGAAAAGGGAGAAGCUGAACUCUAGCACCAGCCUGCAUUAAAUAAACAUGGUGCUUUCUGGAACCAA